AUGGGACAGUCCUCUUCGACACAAAGAGAUCGACGGCACACUGGUACACGAGAACUCUUUACACGUUUUUAUGCAGGACAUGGUCGGGACAAUAGGAAUGAAGAUAUGAGCAGCGGACGCGAUUUUGAGUACACUAGGGAAUUUCAUUCCCCAUCAGGAGCUGGGGUAGAUACAGAUGGUAUCCCAAGCUCAAGCCAAGGAAAUUCAGCGCCGGAGUCAUGGGGGCAGCCUACAUCGCUAACUGGUGAGUCAGUCGUUCCGAGACAACUGCAUGGUGUUCAGCUGGAAAAUGGAGUCCAGCCUGACCCGCAAGAGUACCGGUCGGCAGCAUUUGCUCGUAUGACUGCAAGAAGACAGUCCACCAUGUCGAGACUGGGCUCCAGAAUAUUGCCGAAUUCCGUCAUUCGUGGACUGCUCAACAGUGACGAGGAGACGCCGGCGGAGGGUCAAGCUCACCGGCAUGGCCUUGUAUCGAGGUCAGCAUCGAGAUCGGAUAGUCUCCAUAAUACCAGCCGUUUCAGCCCAUUUGGUUCGCUUAGCUCCAGAGGCAUUACAAGGCGACGCUCUACUGCCCGUGCCCCUUAUUUUGCUCCACGCAGCGACUCCGUGCUGAACUCAGACCCCCCUUUGUACCCUACGUAUUUCGACACCACUGAACGCAUGUCCGAUCCAGGCAGAGGAUCCUGGCGUCGAAGUGUUCGGUUACAUCGAGUUAGAAAUUCACUGUCGAGUCCAAUAUCCCAGAUGUUUGGCCAUCAGCCUAGCCAGAAUACAGGAAAUCCAACACAUCUCCCACGACCAGCUUCCAGUGACGACUCUGAUAAUCUUCACCCUCUCCCCGUUGCCCUGGAUACUCGCAUGGAUAUCACGGAUCCUCCCCACGAGCUCGAUUCUGUGGAGCCUGCCAUAAACAACGAUCAUUCAAUGUCUUCAGUACCUUCGACUAUACCCGGUCAGGGCUCAACGAGCGUGCGGCGACUUCCUAGCCUCCUGAGAGCGCGUUCCGCCCGGGUCUUACGGCGAGAAGAACAAACUCCACUCUCUCGGGUGCUUCAGUUGGCAGCUACAGCAAUUGCAGCCCAGCUGUCCGGCACUACAGGUCCGGUAUUGCCAAACAUACAGGCCCUGGGAAACGGUGGAUUAGACGGCUCGCUGGAAAAUUUUAUACAGACUUUACAGAAUGCCACAUCCGCGCAAGCUAAUCCUGGGAUGCUGACUGAAGGAUCUAACGCAUCGGAAAAUGGAUCUACUCCGCCAGUUAAUUUUCUUAGGGUUUUCCGAUUUUCUAACCCGGAGACUUCUCGGCCAUCUGAGUUAUCUGGCCACCAGACCACCAAUGCUGAAAAUGCGCGUGGCAAUGACGAUAGGAUGGAUGUCGACGAUUCCCCGGAGGGUAGUGGUGGGCGCACUGUUACUCUGGUUGUGGUGGGUGUAAGGUCGGUCCCUUCGGGCGGUGGACGCGACAAUGAACCAGGCGACGCUGGCCCGAGUCUGGAUGCCUUACUGGGACUACCAUUCUUGUCGCCGGGCAAUUUACCACGAAAUCAAGAGGCUGGUGGCAAUUCUAUCCCACGUGUUGAUGGAAGACCAAGAGCAACUUCUCGUCCUUUCAUGGGAGGUCCUGGUGGUCUUUUCUCAAACCCUGAUACGACACGCCAACAGGGAAUUGCAAAUAGUUCUCGGAGAGCCUCGGAUGCGGUCAAUUUCAGCGGUCUUUCCUCGCCUCCGUCCGUUCUGUCAGAGAGCCCGCCGGGACCCCAUCCUCCUCCAUCGACGCCCGCUGAAUCUAAUCUGUCAGCUGGUCCUUCGGGCUCUUCGACACCUAGUCGUAGAUUGUCGACCGCAUCAGCUCUACCCCACCUUCAUGAGGGCCAGUCGUACCGAUCUACGGUUGAACCUGAAGAGAGCGUUCCCCUUCAUAGGACUCGCCAGAGGCGUCGGAGUGAUUCUGAAUACGCUCGUCACCGGGAUCUUGGGUCUGGUGCGGUUCGGCGAAAUGGUGUCGUUGAGCCCGACAACUCAGGCCCGGCUACUGGUCGGAGUUGGUUGAUAUAUGUCGUUGGAACGAACCUCUCAGAGAAUCACCCGGCGUUUGCAACUCCCAGCCUUUUCACAGAUAAUCCAACUUACGAAGAUAUGAUUUUACUCUCGUCGCUGUUGGGCCCAGCCAAGCCGCCUGUUGCUACUCAGUCGGAUGUCAGCUCUGCUGGAGGGCUAUUCCGUCUAGUGGAAUAUGCUGGCUCUCUUGUUGCGGAAUCGUUGGAUAGUGCUGGCACUAUUCAGAUUCCUGAGGGGGAGCGUUGCUUAAUAUGCCUCAGCGACUACGAAGCGGCCGAAGAACUCAGGCAACUGAGCAAGUGCAAGCAUCUUUACCACAAGGAAUGCAUAGACCAGUGGUUAACCACCGGGCGAAACUCCUGUCCACUCUGUCGGGGCCAGGGCGUGUCUGAAUCAUCAUCUAAUACUGGACCAGCCCAGGAAGCUGCUGCCUGA